CAGCGACAGAGACAGCGACAGAGACAGUGACAGAGACAGAGACAGACUCGACUUUGAGCAACGGGCUACAGGCAAAGAGUAGCAAUGGUGGCAGUGUUCGGCAUUGAGACGGGCGACUGGGCGCAGGCAUGGAGCAACCCGCGUGACUUUGUCUUCUCCCCCUCGACACCUCUGUACGACUGGCGGCUGUCGGUGGGGACCUCGCUGGUGUAUCUGGUUGUCAUUGCUGUGGCGCAUCGGCUGAUGCGUGGCCGUCCGGCCAUGUCCCUUCCGUGGAUCUCCAACGCGCACAACCUGUUUCUCUCGCUCUGGUCGCUCGUCAUGCACGUCGGCCUUCUCUGGGCGCCUACGAGCGCUACGUGGUGACGGGCAAGUCGGUGUGGGAGGUCAUCUGCGACCAGGAUCCCGAGCCCAUGACGGGCGUGCUGGCGUACUUUUGCUGGAUGUACUACGUCUCCAAGUACUACGAGCUCUUUGACACUUUGCUCAUGGUGGUCAAGCACAAGCCGCUCACCGUCUUGCACCUCUGGCACCACGCCGUCAUCGGCCCCAUGUCGCUCACUUGGCUCCGCGGCAACUGGGCCAUCCACUGGUACGGCGCCGCCGUCAACACCCUCAUUCAUGUCUUUAUGUACUACUACUACUUUGCCUCCAAGGCCUAUGGACAUCGGCCGUGGUGGCGCGUGUACAUCACCCAGGGCCAGAUCACCCAGUUCUUCUCCGUCUUUUUCAUGAUCUGGGCCUACGUCUACUUUGACGUCCGUUCCGGCAUCUCCAUCGGCGCCCCGGCCCCCGGCGAGUUCCUGCCCUCACUCAACUACGAUCGCGGCUGCGUCGGCCACCCGUGGACUAUCGCCUUUGCCCAGUUUGUCAACAUCACCUUCCUCGGCCUCUUCAUCAACUUUUACGUCCAGACGUACAAGCGCGGCAAGGCGGCCACAAAGGCCAAGUCAUCGUGAGCCCCGCGUCCUUCAGCAUGCCCACGCUGGCGGCGGCUGGACUAUAAAUGCUCCGCACCGUCAUCCG